AUGGAUAAGUUCAGAUCCUAUUUGAUUGGUUCAAAGGUCAUUAUUUACACUGACCUUGCGGCUCUCAAGUACCUCUUAACCAAGCAAGACUCUAAACCAAGGUUCAGCGUCCCACGGACACUGAUUAGUGACAGAGGCACCCAUUUCUGUAACAGACAACUUGCCUCCAUCUUACAGAGAUACGGUGUUCAUCACAAAGUGGCCACCCCUUACCAUCCACAGACCAAUGGACAGGCUAAAGUCUCCAACAGGGAGCUCAAACAAAUUCUAGAGAGAAUACUCGACGUCUCUAGAAGAGAUUGGGCGAAGAAACUUGACGAUGCUCUCUGGGCAUACCAGACUGCAUUCAAAAACCCCAUCGGGAUGUCCCUCUACCAAUUAGUCUAUGGCAAGGCAUGCCACCUACCCGUGAAAUUGGAGCACAAAGCAUAUUGGGCAACAAGAUUCCUCAACUUUGAUCCCAAGGCUGCAGAAGAUAAGAGGUUGCUCUAA